AUGUCUGCCCUCUUGAACGACGUGGAUUGCUUCAUUUUCGACUGCGAUGGUGUCAUCUGGAGAGGAGAGUGCCUAAUUGAUGGAAUCCCAGAAACCCUUGACAUGCUGAGGUCCAUGGGCAAGAAGCUUGUUUUUGUGACCAACAACUCUACUAAAUCUCGGGCAGGGUAUGUGAAGAAAUUCACUGGCCUGGGAUUGAGUGUCAAGCCGGAAGAGAUAUAUUCAUCUUCAUAUGCGGCUGCUGCCUACCUGGAGGCAGUGAACUUUGACAAGAACAAGAAGGUGUACGUCGUUGGAGAGGUGGGCAUCCAGGAGGAGCUUGACUUGAAAGGCUUCACACACACUGGGGGACCUGAAGAUGGUGACAAGAAGAUACAGCUGUCAAAGGGCUAUGCAAUGCCCCACGAUCCAGAGGUGGGUGCAGUGGUGGUGGGCUUUGACCGGAACAUCAACUACUACAAGCUACAGUAUGCAACGCUGUGUCUUCGCGAGAACCCAGGCUGCCUGUUCGUGGCCACCAACUUGGACGCAGUGACGCACUUGACAGAUGCCCAGGAGUGGGCGGGUGGCGGAUCAAUGGUGGGUGCCCUCAAGGGCUCAAGCCAGCGUGAGCCCACAGUUGUGGGCAAGCCAGCUGACUUCAUGCUGCAGAACAUAGCCGACCAAUUCGGCCUGGAGCGCAACCAGAUAUGCAUGGUUGGUGACCGGCUGGACACGGACAUCUUGUUUGGUAAGAAUGGUGGCCUGACGACGUGCCUGGUGCUGUCUGGGGUGACAAGGGAAGAAACACUUUUGAGCCCUGAGAAUACCAUCCACCCCGACUGCUACAUGAGCAGCCUGGCGGAGCUCCUGAAAAUAAAGGAGAAGGCGGCUGUCACCGCUUGA